AUGGACAGAGGCUGGCCUAGAAGGAGAGUGCGCCAUCGUUCAGAUAGAUUAGACGACGAAUACGAGGAUAUAUCCGAAAAUCUGGAUGUAGACGAUCCGGAUCAGGCGUUGGACAUGUUUCCGGUAUGUUUGUCUUUACCUUUUCAAGUUAGCUUUUUAGGGAACAUCCAGACAAGGUAGAAGGAAUAACAGUCACAUUAUCAGCUCUAUUACCAAGAAUAGGACAGGUAGAGUGCCGCCGAGAACGUUGGUUCCCUUGGAAGAUCCAACCGAAGGGGAAGAAGUGGUGAGUAACAUCGUUUUUUAAAGUUUUAUUUGUUUUGUAUUGUAAUAUUGAUGUUGUUAAAGGUUUUUUCAUGAAGUACACAAAAUUUCAAUUUUUAGAGCGCAUGGUAUCUUCCGAUGAGUGCGCUUGUAAAUAUUUUCAAAUUUUUAACACGAGAUGAUCUUGACAGAUGUCAAUUGGUGAAUAGAACAUGGAGAUCGAUUGUACAGCAUCAUCCGAAGAUGAUGGCCAAGCGAGAGUUUCGAACGUUAGAGUUGAGCACAUUGAACGAAUUCUCCAUGCUCUUUUACUACGAUUGUUCUAGGAGGAAGAUAUCUGUGAAAAAGUUCUUUACUACAUUGUAAGUUUUUUUUUAAUUUGUAUAUUUUUGCUUUUAGGACUUUUUCACAGCGUUUUCGUUGUCAAUUUACAAUGAAAAGUUAAGAAAGAAGAUGAAAUGACCUAUUACAAUAUAAUUUAUCAAAAAAAAACAAUGUAAAUGUAAACUUUUAAAGUCUACUUUUCCAGAGACAUUGAUUCUUUGGCGAAGGAGAAGAUCGAAAAGUUCAGAGGCCCUAAAUUCUACCAUAAUCGAUGCGAACACUCCUAUCAUCGUGACGGCACCGUUAACAACGAACAAUUUGUCACGUAUGGUCGAAUUUGUCAACCGUGCACAGCCCCUUUGAUCUACGAUGAACGUAUCAGGUAUGCGAAGAAGUUGUUCACUCCACCAUUGGAAUACUUUGAUUGGCUGACACAUUACAUGAAGAAUGGGCAAAUCAAGGACUUGGUACUAAAGAACUUCACAUUGACCGAUUUUUUCAUCGAACAAUGGGAAAAUAGUUUUGGGGAUUACAUGGCGGUCGACUCUUUGGUGCUCCACAAUGUCAGUUUGAAGCAUGUGACACCGAAGAUGUUUUACAAAUUCUGUGGAGAACUUAUUAUAGCCAGUGAAUAUUACUUGGAAGGGCUCAGGAAUGCUUUACCUCAUCACAUUUCAAAGGAUUUAUUGUUAACGACUGGGAUAUUGAAGUAGGUGGUUUGUUAUUGUAUUAUCUACACUUGAUGUUUAUUUUUAUUGAAUUUACUUGGCCAAACAUAAAAAAAGUAUUUAUCAUAGUUUUGGCUUUAAACUCAUUCGGGUUUUCUGCAAAAAGCGUUUAUUUCCCUUUUCUUAUUUCAGUUGUGAAACUCUGAUGAUUGAUAAAGUAUCAGGUCGACAUCCGCCAAGAUUACGUCCACUAGAUAACUUUACAACCCAUUUGGAUGGUGAUGCCAUUGCCGAAUAUGUUAAAGAACGACGAGAAACGGACAAUGAAGUCGGUCUCAACUUUUAUGUAUCAUGUAAUAUCCGGGAUUCUCGAUCAAUCGUCGCUGAUUAUAAAUUGGUACGUCGUUUUUGUUAGUAUAAUAGGUAUUAAAGGGUCUUUUUUUAUGUAAAAGAUAGAGAUAAUGAGCUUUUUACUGUCAUGUAAGCCCAAAACUGUUUGUUUACUGUGCUGUUAAUAUUAGCCCACAAGUUGCUCUUUACGAUGUUAAUAUUGUCAACAAUAUUCUUUGGUUUCAGAUGUAUAUGCGCAGCUCUUACGCCGAAAGAAAGGGAAUGUUUAAGCACUUCCAAGUGGAAGGCAAUGCAUGGACAGCUGAUGUAGAACUAUCUUAA